CAGACGAAAAUCAUGUUUCCUAAUAGAAAACGGUGAGUAAUCUUAUAAAGUUUAUAUAGAAUUACUGAGAAAUAAGUGUAGAUUAUGUUGCAAGUGUUUGUUUUUGGAAAAGUAAUAAAUAUACCAGUGAAAAAGUGACGAAACUUGUGAAGAUGCUUAUUUUUUCAGUAUUGGCCGUCGUGUUUUGACUUGUUUUAGUGCAAAAUUUAUCUCGAAAUGCUUUGAAAUCUACAUAAUUUGUUAGUUUAUUAACCUAUAAGCAUAAUGAAGUUACUACAAAGUGAUAUAAUUGCAUAUUGUUAACAUAAUCGUUGUUGAAAAAUAAACCGGUAAAAAUGGCGCCAAAGUCAUUACGUUCUCGAAGCGUCACCCCAGUUGGGGAUGACCGGGACAGCCGUGGCAGCCCCGAGCCUAACCGGCUACCCUCGGCUUGUCUGGCCCUGUUAUUGGACCUCGUAUGGAAGGCCCCGGACCGGGAAAUCGACGGUCCCUCACCACCACGGUCUCGAGCUGUGGCCGUCGACCAAACAUCUGGGGGUUCUCUACCGUUGACCGAUUCGACGGUGCCGAUCGAGAAGAGGCAGUCCAAGCCUAGCCUGGGCUUGCCUAUUGGGGCUGAUGAGGCAGAGCUCCUGGAGGAUUUGGAUUUGGACGACGACGAGAUCAUGGAGCUCCAGUCCAAACAUCCAGGGUUCAUCCAGCAGAGGUUGAGGAGGCUGCGAGGUGACGACGCACCGGGGCUAUUGAAGGUGCCAACUAAAGCCAGCGCCAGCAACACGGUUGCUCUGGCUUCUCUUGUCUCUAGUGCCAUGUCUGAGGCAAGCGUUUCCUCCGAAAUUGAUGUUCGUCCAUUAACUUCGAGGGAAAAAUUGCCUUCACAGACGGUAGCUAGAGAUUAUGGUAGUGACCCCGACAGCGAUAUCGAGGACGUAUACGAUGUCUCGGCCAUACUAGUUGUCAGGAAUGGAAUUCCUGACUCCGAGGACCUUGAGGAACCGGUAGAUGCUUUGAUAAACGAGGUCGAUACGGGGAUGGAUAACGCUAUCGAUACUCUUUUGAGUGAUUCAAGUAGUUUCAAGUGGGAAGAAGAUUUUGGAUUAUUCAGGGCUGUUCGUGAGGAUUUCUCAGGUCCUACCCCUGGGUCAGUCAAAGACUACGAUUCACCCUAUGAUGCCUUUACUGAUAUUUGGGACGAGGAAAUCAUAAGGUUGAUAGUCACGGAAACUAACCGAUAUGCCCAUCAGGUUAUCGAUGCUGAGCGUGAAGCAGGGACAUUGAAAGCAUCAUCUCGCCUUCAUUCGUGGACGGACACAAAUGCAGACGAAAUAAUGACUUUAUUCGGGAUGUUAAUGUAUAUGGCUAUCGACUUGCGGUCGUCGAUAACCGAAUAUUGGUCAUCAGACGAUGUGCUCCAUUUGCCGGGGUUCAAACGUCUGAUAACCUAUAAUCGGUACAUUUUGCUAAAUAAGUUUCUUCAUUUCGUGGACAAUUCAGCUGACGCAAGUCAGCCAAUGUCGCGAAAUGAGGCUGCUUAUUUAGCCAAACAAUCGGCCAAGCUGAGGAAGGUGGCUCCUAUUAUUGAACAUCUCAAUAAUAAGUUCAAUUCCUUGUACAACCUAGGUGCUGAAUUCAGCAUCGAUGAGUCUUUGACCUUAUUCAAGGGUCGUUUGUCCUGGAUCCAAACAAUAAGGUCAAAGGCUGCACGAUUUGGUAUCAAGUCAUAUGAACUAUGUGAGUCCCGCACUGGUUAUAUGUCGAGAUUCCAAAUCUACACCGGUAAAGAUGACAGUACUGAUGGUAAUCCAUUACUUGGCGUCGAUUUGGGAGGAAAGAGCAUUAAAGUAGUUCUAGAGCUUUUGCAAGGUCUCGAACAUCGGGGGCAUUGUGUGGUGAUGGACAAUUUUUACAAUUGUCCAGCAUUAGCACGGUACCUCAAGAGUUUAGGCUUUGAUUGCUUUGGACCUCUUCGUGUGAACCGUCGAAACGUGUCUAGUGCCAUUGCAAAGGUUCCGAGGAAAGUGAGCAAGGGGACUAUUAUAGCUCGCCAUUGUGGAGAUGUAUCCAUAAUUGCAUGGAUGGACUCCAAAAUGGUGAAUAUAAUAUCCACCUAUCACACUCCCGAAACGUACAUGGGAACUAGGGCCGGAAAACCACUUCUGAAACCGGUUUGUGUGAAAGAUUAUAACACAGCCAUGGGGGGUAUUAAUCUAAAGGAUCAAAAGCUCUCCAUGUAUCCGUUAGAGCGAAAGAGAUGCCUGAAAUGGUAUAUGGAGAUAUUCAAAAGGUUAAUGAAUGUGAGUGUGCACAAUGCGUUUGUGCUGUACCGAAGUUCAAUGGCUCGCAGAGAUAAAUUGGCUGAAUCGCAUCGUGAGUUUCGCUUCGAACUUGCAAGGUCUCUGAUCAAACGGCAUCGGCCCUGUUUGACAGAGAUUAGCCAAGUUCCAGGGGAUCUCAUGAGGCUGAGGCGAGAUAUCGUACACGAGCCAAUGUACACAUCGGGCAGAUCGAAUAGAAAGCGAUGCACGAUAUGUUAUCGACAGAGGAAAACUAAAUUUAUUCAUUCUCGGUGCGUUCAGUGCGAUAUAUAUCUUUGCUUUGAAGACUGCUGGAGAAUUUGGCAUUCUGCAGCAGAGCUUCCGGGCGAAGAUGUUAUAGAGCGGCCGAGACCGAAGCGCUGAGACUAAUCAUUUUAGGGCGCGGUCGUGAAGCGUGGUUGUUUUAUAAAUGUGGUGUGGUGUUCUGGGGCGUCUCGUGCGGAUUGCGUUUCGACGGGACGUCUAACCGUUGAACAUAUCUCGUUUAUUACUGCUUCAGUUGCUGCUAUCGGAGGCGUUACUACUAUCGAGGACGAGACGAUAGCCUAGUAGCGCCUUCUGCGUUGGCAUAAUCAUCGGGGACUGGUAUGUUACGGGACAUAUAUCAGUCUCAGUUUGUGCAUUGUAAAUAAUGUACGAAUACUCAUUAUAUGUAAUGUACAUUUGUAAUUGUUGCUUUAGUCUGAGAUUGCGCAUUGUGAAAUUGUAUAUUUUUGAAAGUAAAACCCAUAAUGCAGGACAAAACCCUAAUGUAUAUCCUAGCUGUUACAAUAAAUCGAUAAAAAGCCAAUGUGACAUAUACCAAUACACACAGCGCCAUCUAUACCAAUACUU